GCAUUAUGGGACUGCAAAUUCCGUAAACAAACAUGGAUGCGUCUAGUACUAGUAGUGAACCGAGUGUUGGUGAAAUGGCGAAUUCUGCAAGCGAAGAAAACCUUAUUUUGGAGACAGUAGACUGGGAAACGGAGGCGUAUGAGGGCAUUUGUAUCUGUUCUCUGCCGAAGACAGAGCAAUUGAUUGCUUGUUCGUCCGAAACAUGCCCGAUAGGCCUGUAUCAUGCGGAGUGCGUCGGACUUCAACUGAAUUGUGAUCCCGAGGAGCGUCACAAUGAACCCGGACUUGAAGACGAGAGCGCCACUACCGGAACCCCUAUGGCCAGGGCGGGGAAAGCGGCUGGUAUUGGGAGCCGAAGUGGUUCGACGCGGGGGACAUUGAAGCGGAAUUUAUGGUCAUGGUAUUGCGAAUUUUGUUCCAAUGCCAAGGACACUGAAACUGACGAUCCUAAAAGAAAACCGACAGCUGAGCAAACUACAGCAAGUGAUGAUGGGUCCCAUGUAGGCACCUCCACAACUGGAAAGAAGAGGGUGAAAAUUCCUUCACAAAGGUCAAAGGUCCAGAUGUCUAAGGAGGAUUUGCUGAGAGACAGCACUGCAAUAUUCCAAGAGGCACUGCACGCGGCAGAGAAAGAAGAUCACUUGAAGGGGUCUGAGCGUGGGCAGAGUGUCCUGAGGAUUUGUAAACAAAUACUGCUCAUCUUGACAACCACAACACUUCUCGCUUCGGUGAAAGUUAUAAUAGAACAGAUCUAUGAUGCGGCAAGUGCUGGAGACAAUGCUCGGAUUGGUUCCUUCGCAAGUAGCAAGAUGUGCUCAACUUUCCACAGUAUGAGAAUUGAUUCAGAAGUUUGCCGAGUAUGGGAGGAUCUAAUUUCUGCAACCACUUUAGUUGUGCCAUUAGACAUUAUCCGUCUUACUCAACAAUAUUUGAUGAGAAAGAUAUUGUAUAUAAUUACAAAAAGGAGGAUACAGCAAGAUAGUGUUCAAACGGGAGGAGAAGCAAAAUUAACUGACCAUGACCAAAACGUUAUUCGAUAUGUGGCAGGAUAUAUUCCUCAUGCUCUUGUGAAGAGAUAUCGCAAACAAACAUCAGAAAAAGCUAAGAAAUUUUUGAGCAUUCUCAAAAGCUGGAAAAGUGGACAAGAGGACAUUGAAGCAGAUUCCUUUCUAGAAUAUACCUGCACAUGGACAAAUCUAGUCAACAGAGGUGGUCUGUUUACCGUUAAUGACAAGGUCUUUAAACUAUUUCGAGCCAUGGAAAUUAAGACACAAAAAACUUUGAACAUGAAUAUCGCAAAAAACCAAAACCUAAAAGAUGUCCUUUGUAAAAAUGUGUCAAGUAACGAAAAUGUCAUACGAUGCUGGCAAGUUUUGUGCGAGUCCUUGUGUUCUGAUGAUAGUGAAAUUCUGUUUUCUUCUGUACUAAAUUACUGGGUGAAGAUCAGAGUUAAAGCAUAUGUUAGAGUCUAUAUGAAUAUUUUGAGAAAAGAAGAAAUAUUGCAUAAGAAACAGAAGAAGCUUUCAAAAAAAGGAGAAAAAAGUUUGCGCAAAGGUUUGGAAAAGGAUAAAUGAGACCUUGCAACACAAAAAUCAAAUAUCUUUCUACAUGUAUUUUCGUAUUCUCUAAUUUCAUAUCUUUGAAAAAAUAACACAAAAAUAGAGCUCUGACAAUAUCCAAAUUGAAUUAUCAACACAAAACUCACACUCAUACAUGUAUUGAUGUACAUCUACAUGUAAAGAUUUAUGUGUAACUCCCUUUGCUCUAACAUUUUCUAAUACAUGUACACUGUAAGCUAUUUAAUAGUUCAUCUUUAAAUCUGGCAAAGAUUAGUACCUGGUGAUGUUUUGGUUUUUUUCAUAGUCUAAAGUUCUGCACUGUAACAACUUAAAAUGCAAGUACAAUGCACUCUAAUUAUGAUAGGUUUUUCUUCAAUAGUCAUCUAAUAAUUGAUAUUCAACUCUUAAGGAAAUUAAUACUAUGUUCCAUGGUUCUAUACUUGCAAGCCACAGUGUAGCCAUUUAAAUGUCUACUCACAGUUCACCUUGUCUGUUUAUUAUUAUCUGAAGACCAUUUGCAAUUUUGUUGGUUUGGUUUGUUAUAAAGAGUGGUGCAAGCAUGAUGAAAAAUUCUAAAUCAAAAGUUCACAAAGCAAUUUUUCAAAGAUUGAACAAGAGCAUUUCCAUAUCAUGCUAUUGAAAGCAAAGUCUUGUCACAUAUUGCCAUCUAACAAUCUGAAUGUUGUAUGUGUCCAUGUACCUUUAUUUAACUUAUGAAUUUGUUCAUCAGUCGGUUUUCAGAUAUAUCUAGAUGUUGAUACACGUAAUUUCAAACAUUGAUUCACGGCAAGAAAAAUAUGCAGCCAUCUUAACACUAUCUGACAAAACUUGUUAGAUGGAGGCAGAAUGUGUGACAGGUCCUUUUACACACAUACAUUGCAUGUCUAUAAAAGCAAUAUUUUGUCAAAAUGUUAUGCUUUAUAUUUUUGGAUUCCAACAUGCAAUAAGUAUUUAUCAACAAAUAUCAUAAAUGACCAAGGAACUUCUUGGAACAUCCUGAUUUGAAUAAUAUUGUGAAUGUUAUGUGUUACUGCAAGCAUGAAAUAAAGGGAUUAAAAUUAUCCGCCACGUAAAGUUUGGGGUGGGAUGUGCAAAACAACCCUGAACCAUAUACUAUUACUUAAACAAAAAUAGCUAGAAUAAUAACGUUCAACCAUCAUACUUAUCACUCUGCUACUUUAUUUCAUGAUCUAAAUAUUCUCGAUAUUUUCAAACAUAUACCAAUAUUUGAUAGUAUAAUGAAUGAUUUUAUUAAUAAUCGGUUGCCACAUAGUUUGAUUAUUUUUCAUUGAUAGAUCAUCCUUACAAUACGAGAAAUAUAGAAAAGCGAAAUGUUAAUCUUGACAAAAAUAAUACCAAUUUGGGAAAACAAUUUCAUUUUCUGGUCCUCUAUGGAAUUAUCUGCCAAGUAAUAUUAAAUUGUAAAUAGUGUAAAUAUGUUCACUAAAAAUGAUCGUAAUUUUCUGCAACAGUAAUAAGUAAGUACUGAAUUUGAUGUACAAUAUUGAGAUUUAGUUUAAAUUAUUGUUUAAACUACGAUGAAAUUACUUGGGGCUAACCUCGAUUUAGCAUCUUGCUAUUAUGUAAGCUCCAAUUACCAAAUGUUUUGUUUAUAUGUGAUGUACUAUUACAUGUAAUUGUACCUGACAGUGAUAUUUGGUAAUAAAUGAAUUCAGUUCAAUUCAAAA